AUGGCUCUCGCAGCAUCUUCACCGGCUCUAGAAGUCGACCAAAUCAAUGCCUUGAAUGAAGCCGAUGAUGAAGAAAUAGCCCGAGUCCGAGCUGAAAUUCAAGCUCUCUCUCAACGACAUAGUCUACUCAGGAGUUCAAUCUUAUCCUCAACCAGGGCUCAAGCAUGGCUUAAGGAGCGACAAGAGGCUGAAUCGAGCGAUGAGGCUACUCAGGAUGAUCUGCCGCUCCUGCUAGCAUCUUCGAGACAGACAUCGAAGACCAAUGUCCACCGACUCGCCCUAGGUGUAACUUCUUUUCCCUUCACAGAUCCCAGUCCAGAGUGCCAGGCUCUGAAUCCGCUUCUAGGAGUUCGCUUCGACAUAUGUCAACAGGAUGGACGCUACACUAAACCGUUCUACCUAUUUUGUCGACGCAUCUCUGCUUCGAGUCAAGAACUGCGGAUUCAUCGGCACACUAUCCCACCGCUUGUUCCACUCCAGGAUUACGAAAAGAAGUAUCUUCCACUCGUUGAUGAAGGCUACGGUGGUUCAGAGGACUCAUUCUCGCAUGGCGACAAUUCCGCAUCUCGAACUCAAGAUCUCCACGCUCUGGUCAAAUGCGUGCGUCGGGACUUGGUCGCGUGGAAAUUGAGGGUCGAUGCCAUCGAACUAGUGCGAGACCAUUUGGGCCUUCCGCAUCCUAAGUCCCAUACUGGAAAUGGUAAAAGCACCGGAGACGGAGGUGAAGCUGAGACCGAGACCACGGAAGACGACCAAAUUUCCGAUGAAGAUUUCGAAUCGUCUGGCAAAUUUGGCGUCCGUCAACUUGAAAGCGGCAACAAAGAUGCGAGCCAAGUACGGAUUUUGUGGACUGAUGACAGGGUUGGCAGACUUGUGCUCUCCCCUGAUGGCGCAAUUUUGAAGGUGGUCAUUUUGAACGGUGAAGGUCGAUUGGCGGAACAAGAGAGAAUCAUCUCCUCAAACUCAGCAACCAUCUAUGUUCUCUCCAAGAGGCUGGAAACGCUACACAACACGAUACAGCACAGCACGUGA